GCUUUGAAGGGUCUUGGUGAUCAGAUCGAGGAGGAGAGACGGCGGUACCGCAGUCUUCAGAUGAACCACAUUGACCUCAAGGCCGAGCUCGACCAAGCGCAGCACUCAUCGGCCAAAGUCGAGACAUCGAGCUGGAAGCGCACUGCCAUGAUGGCCAAGCUCACGCGGUUGCAGGAGAAGGUUCACUGCGAUCGGACGAAGCUGGCCGACUCCAGGCGCAAUUUCGAAGUCGAAGAGGCCUGUGCUGCAAGCCUACGACAGGAGCUGGAGGAAGCCGAGGAUCUUCUCUCGCACAGAGACCUUGACCUUUCGGGCUGCGAAGAAAGCUUCUCCGCGACAGAGGGCAUCCUGCAUCAAGCAGAAUCUGAGCUCGAUAGCUGCACAAACGAGCUGAAGGCGAUGACUUCCGAAGACCUGGACAGUCUCCGUCUGGAGAUCGAACGGAAGCGGCAGGCGCUGGCACGUGCGGAGCAGGGCAGUGCUGAUGCCGUUGCCCAGCGCUCGGCCAUCGGUCAGCAGAUGCCGGAGGUGAGCGCUAUGCUCGAGGACCGGCGCCUGGCCGCAGAGAGGGCUGCAGAUGAAGCCGUAGCUGCUGGUGGGGCUGUGUCGACAGCUAUGCAGAAGCUGAAUUCCCUGAGCGAUGAAGCAACAGCUGCUGCACAGGGCCUAGCAGAUCUGGCGACUCGACAGCCACGCGCCUCCCUUUCUCUCACAGGUGCUGCGGCCACUUCUUUGGCUGCUGAUGCAGACCGGCUUCAGAGUCUCAGUGACGAGCUUGGCGCCGCCAAGGCGGAAAGCACGGAAGCAGAGUCUCAGUCCUUGGACCUAGGCCAGCAGGUUCAAGAAGUGAAGUCGGCGAAGGCCAAGGCUUGGAUGGUGCUCCAGCAGCU